AUGGCAGACAUACAACGACAGCCUCUCUCCCCUCUGCAAACACAGAUCCCUUCCUCAAACUCUCCUCCCGCAUCAACCGCCUCCUCGCCUCGCCCAUCUCUAUCCGCCAAACGUUCCCGAUCACCUCUCUCAAUCGACCUUUCAUCUCUCCCGCCUCUUUCCCAACCAGCACCUCCCUCCAACACUCUCCUGAUUACUCGCCUUGAUGAUCCCAAGAUCUUCCACCCAGCGUCCCUGGCGACAAUCAGACAACACAUCACAGAUAUCGCGCCCUUAAACUCCUUCUCUCCGCUCAAGUCCAUGCACCGCAUCAUCUGCUCCUUCUACGACGUCGAUGCCGCCAUUGCCGUCAGACAGGUUAUCGACGGGUCUGCGAUAAUGGGAGAUGCCGUCGCAAAGUGCUACUUCGGUGAACCGACCCCGAUAGGGGACGAGAAGAAAUACCUCGACCGACCGGACGCUGGGAGGUUGUUCUUUAUCAGCCCCCCACCGAGCCCUCCCGUGGGCUGGGAAAUGAAAGAGGAGGACCCUCCAAAUACACAUGUCCACGCCGAAGAUCUAGCGUCGAAGCUGGAGAAACUGAAUGGCAAGCUCACAUCGGCCCCUACCAACGCUGCCGACGACUCCGCCUCUGAAGACGACGCCAAAGUGCAAUACACGGCCGAAGGGCUGCGGAGGUUGAAAGCCAGCCGAGCGCCGGCCGUCUCUGGAGUGUCUGCAGACACAUCCCCCACGGCCGAUGCAUCACCAAAGAAGCAUCGGAGCCGAAGCUCGACUUUGAUCUACGACCCCAAAGCCCACGGUGACAGCCCCGCGCUUCCGGCGGUAAUGCUGGAGGCCGAAGAUGAAUCCGACGUGGAGCUGGAGGCGGAGAUUCCGUCCAAGAAGAUAAUGGCCAGCACGGCACGUCCGCCUGUGGAGUUGAUGCAACAUUGA